UGUAAUGCGGAAGUUCCUCUUUUUAACUUCAUGCUCAAGACGAAGGCCGGUGAGCUGCAAUGAGCAGAGCGUCGUCCAAAACCGGAGGCCACAACCAAGAGAAUGUCGCCUCAGUUCUCCUCGGGGAACGGGAGAACCACAAGGUGUUCCAGCUCCUGGGGAGAAAGUGCACGACUUUGGCAACAACCGUAGUUCAGCUUCUCCUGUCGCCGAGCAAUGAUCACUGGAUAAAGCAGAGCUGUGGCGUUGUGUGUCUGGUGAAAGACAACCCAAGACGUUCCUACUUUAUCCGGCUCUAUGAUGUCACGGAAGAAAAGCUGGUUUGGGAGCAGGAGAUCUCUCAGCAGCUCAUGUACCUCACACCACGUCCGUAUUUCCACACCUUCCCCUCAGAUGAAUGCCAGGCUGGGCUGAAUUUUGCCAGUGAAGAGGAAGCUGAAGCAUUUCAAGCUGUUGUCGAAGAAAAACUGCAAAAGAGACAACACAGACAAGAAAAACGCCAAGCGCUACCGCCGCCCCCGCCAGUGUCAGAUGAAAGAAGAAGCACCCUCCCUCUGCCCCCGCCACCUGGACAUAUCGCCAAUGGUCCUCCAAGUCCACAGCCUUAUCCCCCGACCCAGCACGCCGGCAUCAACUUGGCAGCAGUCAGUAUUCAAAACCCAGAUAUCACAUCAGAAAGAUACCGCGCCCUCCCGAUACCCAAUGAUAAAUCCAAGAGUAAAAAGGGGAAGAAGAAAUUCUCCAAAGCCGAUAUCGGGGCACCGAGUGGUUUCAAGCAUGUCUCUCAUGUGGGAUGGGAUCCAAAUAACGGAUUUGAUGUGAAUGCGUUGGAUCCGGAACUGCGUAACCUUUUCAGCAAGGCAGGAAUAAGCGAUGCCCAACUGAAAGAUGCAGAAACCUCAAAGCUGAUCUACGACUUCAUAGAGCAGCAUGGAGGGAUGGAGGCUGUAAAAGAGGAAUUAAGAAUGGGCGGAGAUUCUGACCCACCAACCCCACCUUCCCGCUUUGCACCAUCUCCUACCCGUCCACCGCCGGGAAGAGGAAGAACCGGCCCCUUACCUCCACCACCAAGCAGAGGCUCUAGUGUUCCGCCACCCCCUCCUCCGUCUCGCAGUAGUCCUGCUCCGCCGCCUCCCCCGGACCUUCACAGAGCUCCGCCCCCUCCAAGAGCAGGUCCAGCGCCUCCUCGAAGUGGAGGUCCACCUCCUCCGCCACCUCCACCGCCGCCACUGGCAUCAGAACCACAGUUUCAUGGUGGUCCUCCUCCUCCUCCCCCUCCAGCUGUAUCAGGAGGCCAAGCAUCACCGAUUUCUCCUGCCCCUGUUGGUCGUGGGGCCCUGCUGGACCAGAUCAGACAGGGAAUCCAACUGUCUAAGGUGACAGAACCAGCUGACAUACCCACCUCCACCCAGUCUGACGCAUCCUCCGAGGGGUUAGUGGGCGCUCUCAUGCAUGUCAUGCAAAAGAGAAGCAAAGUCAUCCAUUCCUCAGAUGAAGAUGACGAUGAUGGAGGAGAGGAAGAGGAUGACGACGAGUGGGAUGACUGAGUCACCGUCAGCACACAGGAUCUUUUCCUUUUCUCCUGCUCUUUAUGUCGCGAGUCUCCGUGCCCGAUGGAAGCCAUCUUUGGAUUUCAUGUUUCUUGUUAGAAAACAGAUAAAAGAGGGUUCAGUUGAGACCGAAAUAAUAAUUUUUAACGUGUCAUGAUUUAUACACACAAGACAAAUGGAAGUCAUUACCGCUAUCAACUCAAUAAAACAAUAAAAAUGUCAUCUCAUCUCC